AUGGACUGCGGUGACCAGAAGAGGGUGGACGAGGACGGCGGUGGUGAUGGCCAAAUCCCGCCGGACAGGCUUGUUGACAAUGCUGGUGCUGUGGAAUACUGGGAGACGGUUGAACCAAACAUCAAGGGCAUGCUAGGAGGAUACCCAGAGAUCUCAAGGGUAGACUUGCUCUCCUCGCGGUCUUUUCUAGCCACCGUACGCCGCAUGCUGCCAUCGAUACAGGGAGGCACUGCUGUGGCUGCUACGACUCGUUUGCCUCCUCUGCGUCUGGGUGUUGACUGCGGAGCGGGCAUUGGCAGAGUCACUGAGGGACUGCUCAGCAAGGAGUGCGAGGUAGUGGACAUAGUCGAGCCGGUAGAGGCCUUUGCCAAAGUGCUGAUCGAAGGUAGACUGAAGGCAGAAGGGAGAGUUGGCGAUGUUUACAUCACGGGCCUGGAGAACUGGGUACCCGAGAAAAGAUACGACCUGAUAUGGGUGCAGUGGUGCCUGCUCUAUCUCACGGACGAACAAGUUUUGCAGUUCUUGACCCGGUGCAGAGAUGCCCUGUCGCCGUCUGGGCCUGGCCUGGUGAUUGUCAAGGAGAACCUGAAUACCCAGCCAUGCGACACAUUCGAUCCGCAGGAUAAAAGCGUCACUCGGUCCGAAGGAAAGUACGAAGACCUUUUCCGGAGAGCAGGCUAUUCCAUCAUUAGGACAGACGAACAGCGGGGCUAUCCGCAGCACCUGAACCUGCUCCCCGUGAAGUUGUUUGCAUUGACUUGCGAGACCAAGACGACCUCUACCUAA